CAGGGUUGACGACAGAACGUCUCACAGAGGAACACUACUCAGAUCGAUGCUUUGUGGAGACCUAGAUGCUGUAUACCACGGGGAAGGCGGGGAUUCAUGUCACCCGAGGCGAAUUGGCGGGCUUUCUACCUCCGUAAGGUGCCAGCAGUGGAGCGGGGCUGCAUGAUGAAGUAUGAGGCGAAAAAUAGUGGAAGUAGUCUCAACGCUACAGUAAAAGUGGAUGAGGUGGUCUGUGCUCAUAGGUUUUUUAAGCGAAAGGGGGCGAAGCCGAUUUUGCAAGUGACCAUUUCACUUGUGGCCUGUUAUAUAUUAUUUGUCUUUUAUUCAAUUUCAACCCACUACUUGGAACCCUCCUAGGCGCGCUCUUCGGUGCAUACAGUACCACCUCAAUACAAAGUCGCGGGUUGUGGGAGUGGGUUGCCCUAAAAUUCCGUGCGCGGUUCAUUUUGAUGCCAUUAGGAUUACGAGGAGACGGGAGCCGGAAAAGGGGACCAUUCUAUUG